UGAGUCUGCGUGAGAGAGGGUUUGCUGUCGAUCUUUGCAUUCACGAUUCGCGAUUCACGAUUCAUCUCGAUCCUCUUGCACACUCGGACUCGCACGCGCACGCGCACUUGCAAAUCGCACUCGCACUCGCAAAUCGAAGCUUGGGGGGUGCCUCUCCUCGCGUACUGCCUCGCUCUCUCUUACUCUCACACGCACACGCGCACACGCACACACGCACGCGCGCUCUCUCUCCCCCUCCCCUCCCUCCUACAGCAUCGCCUGCCUUGCAGUCCUGAAGAAGAGAAGGGAGCCGUCGUGAUGGCGGAUGGGGAAGCAGAAGCGGAAGCACGAGCAGCAAGGGCAGCUAGAGCUCGAAAGCAGGUCAGUCUCGAGCGAUGGCCACAGCGCCCGCGUUUUGUAGCAUCAUUGUCCUUUCAUUUCUGACCCUCAUACCCACCCACGCCCGCACACGCGCGCGCCGCUUCAAGCUCAAGAAGGCGCAAGCGAAACGGAGAUUGGCGCAAGAAUCUCGCGGGUCUGCGGGUGGAGAUGCGCUGGGGAAGGAUAUUGCGGAUGGCAAGUUGACAGAGGCCAAGGAGAGCGUCGAGGAGGGAGAGGCAGAGGAGCGAGGGGAGGAGGAGGGGGAGGAGGAGCGGGAGGAGGGAAUGAUAUCGGCGCAGAUGUUGCCCGCGCAGCAGCAGCAGCAGCAGCAGCGACACGCACACGCACACGCACACACCGCCUUCUCUCACUCGCUGCCCACCACGGCCGAGGAGGAGAUGGUCGCUGCGGAUCAAGGCGCGAAUGGUAGCAGCAGCAGCAGCAGCAGCAGCAGCAGCAGCAGCGCCACAACAAAACCCUCCGCCGCCGCCGCCGCCACCGCCGCCGCCCCCCCCCCACACACCACCACCUUGUCCCUAUCUCCUCCCACGCCCGCAGCAGCGACGCAGCCAUCGCAGCAGCAGCAGCAGCAGCAGCAGCAGCAACUAUCACAAUCUCCCUCUAUGCGUCUGCACGCCCGCACUCAUUCCAGCAGCACCAGCAGUUCCAGCGGGACCAAUCAUGCUGCGCCUUCUUCCCCCACACAUGCGCGCACAGCAUCAUCGGGUAUACAAGUCAACGUUCGACCUGCCCAUAUCCGCUCGCCAUCUACCGCCUCUAGCUCUUCCUACGGCGCAGGCGCAGGCGCAGGCGCGGGAAUCAGUCAUGCCGCUGCCAGACGUCUCUCUUCCUCCCAGCAGCAGCACGACGCAUCCCACACGCAGCAGCAGCAGCACGGGGAACAUUCUGCAGAAGUGUUGAAUUUGAGGAGUACGGUGCAGCUGCUGUUGGGCGACAAGAGCAGUUUGACGAGCAGGCUCAACGAGCUCGAAGGCAAGCUGGCGGCGGCGGCGGCAGCGGCAGCGGCGGCGCAGCAAGUGGACGGCAAGAGGUUGGAGGAUGCGAAUAGGGCGGCAGAGGAUGCGCAGAUGCGUAUAAGGGAAGUGUACGCGCUGCAAAAAGAGGCGGAAGAGAGGUGCAGAAGAUUGGUGAGUGGGUGAACAACGGGUGUCACAGGGGCUAGGUGGCCGUGCUGUGCGGUGGCAGUGCAGUGUGCUGAAAGUCGUGAGCAUGCUGAUGAUGAGGAGAAUUAUGACGAUGCGCAGCAACGAGAACUCAAAGAGUCGCGAGAGGAUUCGAAUGCGCUCAGAGCUGCAAGCGACACUAGGACGCCUGCCGCAGUGGAUGAAGAGCGCAUCUCGCACUUGUCGAGUCGGAUCGCAUCCUUGC